UCAAGUACAUACUGAUACAGUAUUGACCCUUUUUUUUUCUUUUAUUUCAUAAAGGAAACAAAACUCAGUUACUAAUCAAUGGCGAAAGGAAAAACAUUGGAAAUGCUUGAUGCACUUGAUGUGACGAACACACAAUGGUACCACUUCAAGGUCUUCACCGUUGUUGGUAUAGGUUUCUUUACUGAUGCAUAUGGUCUUUUCUCUAUUUCCUUGGUGUCCAAAAUCUUAGGCCGUAUCUAUUACACUGAGUUGAACCCUAAGUACCCUGGCAACUUACCCAUAAACGUGUCUUUUGCCAUCAUUAGUGUGGCCUUGUGCGGCACCCUCACUGGCCAACUCUUCUUCGGCUGGUUAGGUGACAAGAUUGGAAGGAAAAAGGUGUAUGGUCUUACCUUGGCCAUGAUGGCUUCCUUUUCCCUAGCUUCCGGUCUCUCCUUUGGUCAUACUGCAAAGAGUGUCAUUACAACUCUAUGCUUCUUUCGCUUUUGGGUUGGGUUUAGUAUUGGAGGUAACUACCCACUCUCAGCUGUUAUAAUGUCUGAGUGUGCUAACAAAAAGACUCGUGGGACUUUCAUCGCAGCUGUGUUUGCAAUGCAAGGAUUUGGGAUCAUUGUAUGUGGUGUUGUAUCUCUUAUUGUGUCUGCAGCAUUCGAGAGUAAAUUCAAUCCUCCUUCCUUUAAAGAGAAUCCAAUUAGAUCACUAACUCCUGAAUGUGACUACAUUUGGCGGAUCAUAUUAAUGUUUGCAGCUCUUCCUGCUGGUUUAAGCUACUACUUUUGCAUGCAGAUGCCUGAAACAGCUAGGUACACUACCUUGGUCGCUCAUAAUCCCAAGCAAGCAGCACAAGACAUGUCAAAGGCUUUACAUGGUAACCUUGAUGUCGAGGAGGAGAUACCAGCAAUUCUUGUGAACGCUAAGAAGAAACAAUUUGGGUUAUUCUCAAAGGAGUUUGUACAAUUAUAUGGCUUACGUUUGCUUGGGACAACUAGUGCUUGGUUCCUACUAAACAUUGCUUUCUCUAGCACCCAAAAUAUUCUACAAAAAGACAUAUUCAUUUACGCCGAUUGGAUCCCUAGUGCAAGCGAGAUGAGUGCUAUUAGAGAGGUAUACAAGGUGGCUCGAGCUCAAACCUUAAUCGCCCUAUGUGGGGUUGUCCCUGGAUACUGGUUCACUGUCGCCCUGAUAGAUGUAUUAGGGCGAAGAAUCAUCCAAUUUGUAGGAUUCCUAAAGAUGACAACAUUCAUGUUCAUUAUAGCCUAUGGGUAUGAGGGAUUGAGGACACAAAAUAUUCGUUUAAUAGUCUUAUAUGGAUUUACCUUCUUCUGUGCCAAUUUUGGGCCUAAUGCAACCACUUUUGUGAUCCCUGCUGAGAUAUUUCCGACUAGGUUGAGGUCAACUUGCCAUGGUAUAUCGGCUGCUGCAGGUAGGGCUGGGAGUAUAGUUGGAGCUUUCGGUUUUUUAUAUGCUUCCCAAGAGAAGGACCCUGCAAGAAGGCCAUCAAACUUUCCAAAAGGUAUUGGCAAGAGGAAUACUCUCUUUGUUCUUUGUGCGAUCAACUUUGUUGGCAUGCUAUUCACUUUCUUAGUGCCAGAACCCAAGGGUAAAUCAUUGGAAGAGGUAUCGAAUGAGGUGGUUGGUGAAGAUCAAGAGGAAGCUUAUGAAGGUGGAAGUUUUUCUGAUGUAUGAACAUUAGAGAAGUUCUUGUGUCAACUCCAAAAGCUUUCUUUUAGUUAUUUCUUUGCAUAAUUAAAAAAAAAAAAAAAAAAAAAAAAAAAAAAAAAAAAAAAGAAAGAAAAGAAAUUCCAUUUGAUUCAAGGUGGUGUUUUUCACUUUAAGUGUUGAUUAUGCUGUAUAUAAUAACAAGAUUUGAAUGUAAUUUUUACUAAGGUUGCUUAAAAUGAUUGUAAAUUUAUAAAUAGUUUAAGGUCGUAAAUUAUAUAAGUUGACUAUGCUACCUAAGCCUUUUUAAUGUUUUCGACACAGGAAAUUUUUUCAUAUAGUGUUCAUUGACAAAAUCCGUUGAGUUAUUUAUGAUAAACUAGUUUACUUAAGUUGGUUAACAUCUGGGUGGUACUCAACAAGACCUCAAAUAUCAUCAACAUCAUUUGCCAUAAGCUUGUGGUUCUCUACACCAAAAAUAAAUAAAAAUUGAUUAUGCUUUUUUAAUUAGUUGAUUACUACUUUAGUUUCAUAUUAAUCUCAACAGUUUGACUUUUGCACUAUUCAUAUACUCCCUCUGCGUUUUAAUACAUAUUACACUCGAAUUUGAUGUGCAGAUGCUCAAGUACCAAUUCACUUGAAUCUUGGACGAGGUGCUAAUAUGGGUGUAAUAC